AUGCCCGCCUCAGUGGCACCUGCCGCCGCAGGCGAGAGCGAUGCGGAAACCGCGAAGUUCGCCGUCUGGAAAGAAGCUCUUUACGAGCGGUGCAAAGAAGCAGGUCCUGGGAACGACUUGUUCUCGCAGGAGGACUUGCUGCGGCUCGAUGUGAUCCCUAACAAGGAUUUAUUGCUGCUGGCGCGAGUGGUGCAGUCGCUGAGUGAUGAUAAGCUCUUCAUUACCAUGAGAGAGGCCAGCGGACAGGUACUUUGGAAAUGGCGAGAUGCGCAAGAAGCUCACAAAUACAAGCAAUGCUCGACCGACGAACAAGUAAUGGUCUACUCUCUGAUCGACGACUCGGGCGGCGACGGUAUCUGGUCACAGACGCUCCAGAAGCGACUCAACAUGCACGACAGCGUGCUCAAGAAUGCGCUCAAGCAGCUCCAGACAAAGGGCCUCAUUGCGCCGUUCAAAAAUGUCGAACACCCCAAUAAGAAGAUGUAUAUCAAGGCGUCCAUCAGGCCGAGCGACCGCGCCACCGGUGGACCAUGGUACACGGAUCAGAAUCUCGACGAGGCCUUCAUCGAGGAGUUGCAGCGCGUCGUGUUUGAUUUUGUCAAGCGCUCCAGCGGCUAUCUCAGCACUCAUGGAGGCAGCAGAAGCCAGGUGCCCAAGAAGGGGGUUGUCAAGGGUACAGCUGCGGACAAGGGCAAGAAGCGCGACGCAAGUGAGAUGAGUAAACCGCCCGCCAAGGCAGUCAAGACUUCUGCAGGUGCGACGGCCAGACGAGAGGCGGCGCUGCUGCCUCUUCCUGCCGGGUACACGGCGUAUCCGACAGUUCGAGAUAUCGCUCGCCUCUUGUCAAGUAGUGGUAUUACGAAUAACACCAUCUUGUCGGAGGAGGAUGUCAAGAAGCUCGUGGACGUGUUGGUGUGGGAUAACCUCCUCGAGCCUAUCAAGAUUGCGGGCAGGAUGGGGUAUCGUGUCGCCCGAGUUGCAAAGCAGUCGACGGAAAGUUGGGCUGGCAGGGAAGAUCCCACGGGCAGAGAUGGCGGUCCAGAGCCGUAUAUCAGUCCGUAUACUGAAGCUCCCUGUGGAAAAUGUCCUGUUUUUGAGAUCUGCGAGGAGGGAGGACCCGUUGGGCCCAGUAACUGUGAAUACUUCAAGAGGUGGCUUGGUGCGGACUUGAUGUAG